GGAGCUGCUGCUCGGGCUCGACAUGCUGAAGCGCCACCAGGCGUGCAUCGAUCUCGCCAAGGACAAGCUGGUGAUCCAGGGGAUCGAGGUGCCGUUCCUCGGCCCGGCCGACAUCCCCAAGGAGACCGAGGAGGCCUUCCAGCGGGAACCGACGGUGCCCGGCCCCGCGGGCACCACCAUCGGCCAGCGGUCCGGCGCCGUGCACGCGCCCGCCCAGGGAUCAUACCAGGUCGGUGCGGCCCCGGCUGCGCCUCCCGCUCCGCAGCGGCACACGUUCCCCAGGGAACACAUCGAGCAGCUCAUGGCCCUCGGCGCGUCGGAGCAGAGGGCGGUCCAGGCGCUCGAGGCGACGGGCGGCAACGUCGAGUACGCGGCCAGCCUGAUCUUCCAGGACUGACCGGGUCUACACCUUCAUCCCUCCCUUCCUUCU